AUGGAAUCAUGGGUAGAUUCAGAGCCAUCUGGCUUCUCUCUAUCUAACCUCCCUCUGGGUAUUUUUUCCACUGAGCUACUGUCCCCUAGGAUCGGCGUGGCCAUUGGGAAAUACGUGUUGGAUUUCAAGUCCUUCGUAAUGGAAGGUUUGCUCGCCCAUUUGAACAUUGACUGGUCUCAAGUCGACUUCGCCACUCUGAACGACUACGCAGCCCUCGGCCGGAGCAGGCAUCGCACAAUACGCAAGUUCCUCCAAGAACUACUGAUUUCGGACACCCGAUAUGGAAGUUUGCUGAGGGACCACCCUCAACGACGUCAAUCCCUGCUCGUUCUUCGAGCUUCGGCGACGAUGCACCUACCAAUGCGGGUUGGAGACUACACUGAUUUCUUUGUUGGAAUAAAUCAUGCACGAAACUGCAACAAAUUGUUCAGGGGGGAUGCUACACUCGCCGCCAGCUAUACGGAGCAGCCAAUAGGUUACCAUGGGAGGGCAUCAUCUGUUGUCAUUUCUGGUACACCAGUAAGACGACCAGUCGGCCAGUUUAAUUUGGACGGCCAGGUAUUCUUCGGCCCGACGAGAAAGAUGGAUUUCGAGGUUGAAUUUGCGGCAUUCAUCUCGAAGCCCAAUACCCUCGGAGAACCUAUUGGUGUAGAGGCUGCUGAAGAGCAUAUAUUCGGCUAUGUAAUCCUCAAUGAUUGGUCGAGCCGUGAUAUACAGCAACGGGAAGCCUUCCCUUUGGGGCCCUUCAAUGCUAAGAAUUUUGGCACCACCAUCAGCCCUUGGGUCAUACAGCCUGAUGCUUUGAUUCCCUACAAGACGAAGCCGAUAUCUACGGGAUCCGAAUUACCCAAAUAUCUCGUGGAAAGGUCCUCAAAUAGCGUUCAUGACAUCGUGGUGGAUGUCACUAUUAAGAGGGGCUCUCAGGAUUUCCAGCUAUCGAAAUGCAAUUUCAAGAAUGUGAUCUUCUCCUUUCCCCAAAUGAUCGCGCAUCAUACCGCAGGAGGGUGCCCGCUGCAGACCGGGGAUCUUAUUGCUACCGGCACAGUAUCUGGUGAGACUGUGGAUACGCUUGGCUGUUUGCUCGAAAUAACCAAAAAUGGUAUGGAGCCAUAUCAAAUCUUUAACAACGACACUGGCAGUACACUUGAGAUGGGCUGGCUGCAUGAUGGUGAUUGUAUUGAGUUCCAUGGGUAUGCUGGUGACAGUAGCGAUCCCGAACAUAUCAGCUUCGGCUCUUGUACAGGGCUCAUUUUGCCUUCGCUAGUUACCAGUUUAGAGAAGCUUUAG